AGCGAGGGAAGGUGGUGGAGAGGAGAGAGAGGGGUUAGAAUCGGGAGGGGCUGGUCUUGGUCUGAGAGAAAGAAGAAAGGUUAGAGAGAGAAAGAGAGAGGAGAGAGAGAGAGAGAUGUCAGACCUAGACCGGCAAAUAGAGCAGCUGAAGAAGUGCGAGCCUCUCAAGGAGUCGGAGGUCAAAGCUCUCUGCCUCAAAGCCAUGGAAAUCCUCGUCGAAGAGAGUAAUGUUCAGCGAGUCGACGCCCCUGUCACCAUAUGUGGCGAUAUUCAUGGUCAGUUUUAUGACAUGAAAGAGCUUUUCAAAGUAGGUGGUGAUUGCCCUAAGACUAACUACUUGUUCCUUGGAGAUUUUGUUGACAGAGGAUUUUAUUCGGUCGAGACAUUCCUGCUUCUCCUUGCUCUAAAGGUAAGAUAUCCAGAUCGGAUAACCCUUAUAAGAGGAAAUCACGAGAGUCGUCAGAUUACACAGGUGUAUGGAUUCUAUGAUGAGUGCCUUCGUAAAUAUGGCUCUGUGAAUGUUUGGAGAUAUUGCACUGAUAUAUUUGAUUAUCUAAGUCUGUCAGCUCUGAUUGAGAACAGAAUUUUUAGUGUCCAUGGAGGCCUUUCCCCAGCCAUUUCAACUUUGGAUCAGAUACGCACAAUCGACCGGAAGCAAGAAGUACCGCAUGAUGGCGCCAUGUGCGACCUACUAUGGUCAGAUCCAGAGGAUAUUGUUGAUGGUUGGGGUUUAAGUCCCCGUGGUGCUGGUUACCUCUUUGGCGGCAGCGUAGUUACAUCAUUUAACCACUCAAAUAACAUUGAUUAUAUAUGUCGUGCCCAUCAAUUGGUAAUGGAAGGAUAUAAAUGGAUGUUCAACGAUCAGAUAGUUACAGUAUGGUCAGCUCCAAAUUACUGUUACAGAUGCGGUAAUGUAGCUGCAAUUCUUGAACUGGAUGAGAACCUUAAUAAACAGUUUCUUGUUUUCGAUGCUGCUCCACAGGAAUCAAGAGGGACACCUGCCAAGAAACCUGCGCCAGAUUACUUUUUAUGAGGCCGAUCAAGUAAAGUUUACCUACUAUUGUCGAAAAAGCUUCAUUUGUCAGACAACAUAUACAUCUUCAUGCUUGAUAGAGAUGUUUUCACUUGAAACCAGAGGUAUCUACGGGUGGACUUCUCAAACUUCCGACUCCUCAAAUGAUCACCGAUACUCGUAAUUUCCGGUUGGUGAUCAGUUUGGAAUACUGAGUUUGCUUUUCUUUGCCGUCUAUCAUCUUUGAUAUUUCCUUGUAAUAGUGUGCAUUACUGGUCUCAGUUUGUCAUGUUAUGGAAGAUUGAAUCGUUCUUCCUGUGAGAACAGAUAGGCAGUGGGUUUUGAGAAGGAAAGCUUUGCUUCCGUGCAGAGGAGGUUGAAUUGGAUUAGGAACAAUUGGGUGAGAAGAACAAAUUACUUCAUAUUG